UUCUGUGCGAAUAACAGCGAUGUCCUGUUGGAAGCGUCGAGAAUAGCGGCCUCUCAUUGCGAUGCGAUCGACAUAAACCUCGGUUGUCCGCAAUCGGUGGCCAAACGCGGACAUUACGGCGCUUUCCUUAUGGAUGAGUGGGAUCUCAUCUAUGAUAUGAUAAAUCGUGUUUCGCGUGAAAUCCAAAUCCCAAUCACAUGUAAAAUAAGGAUUUUCCCAGAAAUGGAUAAAUCGGUUGCUUUCGCACAAAUGUUGGAAAAAGCGGGCGUUUCUAUGAUUUGCGUUCACGGAAGACGUCGCGACCAAAAAGGGCCGUUCACUGGAAGGGCUGAUUGGGAUUACAUCAAAGCCAUUAAAAAUGCUGUUAAGAUUCCUGUGUUCGCAAACGGGAAUAUCCUUUCCCUAAAUGAUGUGCACAACUGUUUAGCACAGACUGGUGUGGAAGCAGUGAUCUCUGCUGAGGGU